CAGCAGCUACAAAGCAUUUGUCGACGAAAUUCAUAUUUUAUCAUGGUUAAGUUAGGUUAUAUCGUCAACUCAUAAAAAUUAUUUAUAAGCUAGUUUUUUAAGGAAAAACUUAAAUUUAGUGAAUUUGCAGUGCGAAAUUUUUUAAGAUUUCCUCAGACGAACACCUGGCGAAAGCGGACACAACCAAACAUAACUAUAGUGGUAAAAACAUAACAAAACAUCAUCCACAACAUUUUGUACAAUAGUACUCCUUGAGCGGAAGGUUCUCCAAAAAAAUCUUGGUUUCAAAAUUACGUCAAUUAAGAAGAGUCCUCAGAAAACCAUGGAGGAAGAUGAGAGGGGCAAACUUUUCGUUGGUGGUCUUUCUUGGGAAACCACACAAGAGAAUCUUUCACGUUACUUCUGUCGUUUUGGCGAAAUUAUCGAUUGCGUAGUAAUGAAAAAUAAUGAGAGUGGUCGUUCACGCGGUUUCGGUUUUGUUACAUUUGCCGAUCCGGCUAAUGUUCAACAUGUUCUGCAAAGUGGACCCCACACUUUAGACGGGCGUACAAUCGACCCUAAACCAUGUAAUCCACGUACAUUGCAGAAGCCCAAGAAAGGCGGUGGUUUCAAGGUAUUCCUUGGCGGUUUACCCUCUAAUGUCACAGAAACUGAUUUGCGUACAUUCUUUGGCCGGUAUGGCAAAGUAACUGAAGUUGUUAUUAUGUACGAUCAAGAGAAAAAGAAAUCACGCGGUUUCGGUUUCCUAUCGUUUGAGGAAGAAUCAUCUGUCGAACAUGUUACCAAUGAACGUUACAUCAAUCUUAAUGGCAAACAGGUUGAAAUUAAAAAAGCUGAACCACGUGAUGGAUCAAACUCACAGAAUGCCAACAACAGUUCUGUAGGUGGCGCUUACGGCAAGCUCAGCAAUGACCCCAGUCACUGGGGUCCACCCCAUGCUCCUAUUAAUAUGAUGCAAGGACAAAAUGGACAAAUGGGAGGACCACCUUUGAAUAUGCCAUUGGGAGCACCUAACAUGAUGCCUGGAUAUCAAGGAUGGGGAACAUCGCCACAACAGGGUGGUUAUGGUUAUGGUAACAGUGGCCCUGGUUCCUAUCAAGGAUGGGGUGCUCCACCAGGACCCCAAGGACCACCGCCACAAUGGUCUAACUAUGCUGGACCCCAGCAAACUCAGGGUUACGGGGGCUAUGAUAUGUACAACUCAACAUCAACUGGUGGUCCCUCGGGACCAUCUGGCGGCGGCAGUUGGAAUGCCUGGAAUAUGCCACCGAACUCGGCCGGGCCCACCGGAGCACCUGGAGCGGGUGCUGGCACAGCUACUGAUAUGUAUUCCAGAGCUCAAACUUGGGCAGCUGGUGGUCCAUCAACAACUGGACCCGUCGGAGGUAUGCCACGUACAGGACCAGGAAAUUCCGCUUCUAAAUCUGGUUCUGAAUACGAUUAUGGUGGUUAUGGGUCUGGUUAUGAUUAUGACUACAGCAACUAUGUUAAGCAAGAGGGUGGUGCCUCCAAUUAUGGAGCGGGUCCACGAUCAGCAUAUGGAAAUGACAGUUCCACUCAGCCCCCCUAUGCUGCCUCACAAGCUGUCUAAAAAUGUUUCAUAAUAAAAAUUAAAAUGUUUGCGCCUACCUGUUGCAUAAUGAAAAAGCUGAUGCUGUUAUUCACUUCCAACAUCAAAAAUG